AUGAGCCACGGGAAUCUGCAAAAUGAAACGGCCAUCGUGACCGGAGGAGCCUACGGGUUCGGUGAAGGCAUUGUGAACAAAUUCAUUCGUGAGGGUGCCAACGUUAUUAUUAUGGACAUCGACUCAGACAACGGCAUACGAGUUCAGUCUAAUCAGCCGACAAGAAGUGCCGUCUUUGUGAGAGGAGAUGUUUCAAAUGAGAACGACUGGAAGGCUGUUCGCGAUACGACAUUGAAGACUUACGGAAGAAUCGAUAUCGUAGUUAACAAUGCUGAAAUUUCAUCUCUCAAUGUACCAGAAGACAUGUUUGAUCGUUUACAUAGCGUCAACGUCAAAAAUAUCUACCAUUCCGCAAGGGUCAUUGUUCCCGUCAUGCAACAACAGGGUGGAGGUGGCGUGUUUGUGAACAUCUACAGCAUGGGGUCCCUUCGUCCUCGUCCAAACUUUGCUUGGUAUGCCGCCACAAAAGGGGCAGUCAGCGCGGCAACCAAGUGUCUAGCCGCGGAGCUGGCAAAAGACAAUAUUCGCCUCAAUACUGUGUGUCCUGUUGCAGGAGAGACCGGAAUGACACCAUUGAUACUUGGGAACCCUGAUACUCAUGAGGCCAGGGGUUCCAUCCUGUCCGGUAUUCCGUUGGGUCGAUUUGCCACCCCAGCAGAUGUCGCCAAUGCCACUGCAUUUUUGGCGAGUGAUGAGGCUUCAUUUGUUACUAGAGUUGAGCUGCCAGUCGACGGGGGAAGGGCUUUGAAUUAA